GAUAUUGACGGCUCAAUGAAAAUGAUCAAUAAUACGCCGGUCUUGUCUUCAGGAGAAAGGAGCCGACCUCUUUCCGUCUUGAUUCCGAUAAUCGUCAUCUACGGAUUCCUCAUCAUGAUCACUGUCGUGGGCAAUCUCUUCGUCAUCAUUUCAUACGCUCAAGACAGAAAGCUCCGUCAACGACCCGCAAACCUAAUCAUUCUCAACCUGGCCAUUGCCGACUUCAUCGUCGGUUCCGUAUCGCUCCCGGUCAAUCUGACAGGUAUUGUUAGUGGACGUUGGUUAUUUGGUCAAUUCGUCUGUAGGUUAUACUGCAUCGUCGACUACGUUGCUGUUUAUAUGUCGGUCGUCAUCAUCGUAUUCAUCAGUAUCGAUAGAUAUUUGAUCGUUGCAAAGCCAAUAAAACACCGAUCAUUAGUCACACGGAAACGUGUUCGAUAUGCCGUAAUACCAGCUUGGAUAAUUUACUUUAUUUGGUGUUCCUUAACUUCUUUCGGAUGGACAACUUUUGGUGAACGAAAUGAAACGGACGAUUAUUUACACGAGUGUGAAAUGGAAUUUACAGUGAAUCCAAUCAUAACUUUGAUCCAUUGUCUUAUUGGUUUCUUCAUACCAUUUUCUAGUAUUGUUUUCUUAAACGUUCUUAUUUUCAUCAAUGUUAAGAGGCAAUUUGAUAAAUUUCCCGUCGUCGCGUUUAAUCGAAGCUCAGAUGAAAACAAUGGUACAAAUACCUUACCAAUAAAACGGGAAAAUUAUGGUAACGAUAGCUGUGAAUUAAAGCCAUCUUCUUCAAAGGGAACGACUAUGAACAUUAACACUGUUUCAAAAGAAGCAGACUUGAACGCGACCCCAAUCAAUACAAAAUUUGAUCAGUUUACAAAUGCGAGGCUUCAAAAGAAUAAAAUAAUUGCUAAGAAGCUGGCCAUAGUAGUAUUGGUGUUUGGUAUAUGUUGCCUUCCAUAUGAAAUCUGCAUUGCUUUGAAUUCAUUUUGUAAAGAAAAAUGCAUCAGUGAUUUAGUUUUGGAAAUAACCGAGAAUAUCCAAUGGGCUAACUCCGGUAUUAAUCCCAUUCUUUAUGCUUUCACAGAUAUCCAGUUUAGGCACAAUUUUGUGAGACUAAUCAGAUGUCGAUCAAAAUAAUCCUUUUGAAAAUAUAAAUUUGGAUGUA